GACGAAGCAUCUCACACGCACUGGACACGUUUUCACCUCGCAUUGUCUAGCAUGAGAAGGAGACCCGUUAGUCUCAGACCAGACCGGUUCACUAGUGUGGUGCAGACCUGCUGCAAUACGAUGGUGCUGGUGUGGCUGUUCCUGUCCGCACUCUAUGCAAGUGUAUGUGUGGCCAUCCACGCGGAGUCGAUGGACAGCCACAGCUUGUUCGCGUGCGAGCCCAUCACUCUGCGCAUGUGCCAGGAGCUGCCCUACAACAGCACCUUCACGCCCAACCUGCUCGAUCACUACGACCAGCACACUGCGGCGCUUGCCAUGGAGCCCUUCCACCCCAUGGUGAACCUGCAGUGCUCCCCGGACCUGCUGUCCUUCCUGUGCGCCCUCCACGCCCCCGUGUGCACAGAGUACGGGCGCGUCUCCCUGCCCUGCCGCCGGCCGUGCCUGCGGGCCCGCCGAGACUGCCAGGGCCUCAUGGACAUGUUCGGCGUCACCUGGCCGGAGGAGAUGGAGUGCAGCAGGUUCCCGGAUUGUGACGAGUCGUACCCACGCGCAGUGGACCUGCUGGACCCGGUCGAACCCACAGACCAGUCAUCCAUGGCCGUGCAGCGGGACUACGGCUUCUGGUGUCCCCGCGAGCUCAAGAUCGAGCCUGACCUCGGCUACUCCUUCCUGGGGGCGCCGGACUGCUCCCCGCCCUGCCCCAACAUGUACUUCCGGCGGGACGAGCUCAGCUUCGCCCGCUACUUCAUCGGCGCGGUCUCCGUCGUCUGCCUCUCGGCCACCCUCUUCACCUUCCUCACCUUCCUCAUCGACGUCACCCGCUUCCGCUACCCGGAGCGGCCCAUCGUCUUCUACGCCGUCUGCUACAUGAUGGUCUCACUGGUCUUCCUCCUGGGCUUCCUGCUGGAGGACCGCGUGGCCUGCAACUCGGCCACCCCCGGCCGCCAGCGGGCCUCCACCGUCACCCAGGGCUCCCACAACAAGGCAUGCACCCUGCUCUUCAUGGUGCUCUACUUCUUCACCAUGGCCGGCAGCGUCUGGUGGGUGGUCCUCACCGUCACCUGGUUCCUGGCCGCCGUGCCCAAGUGGGGGAGCGAGGCCAUCGAGAAGAAGGCCCCGCUCUUCCACGCCAGCGCCUGGGGCGUUCCCGGCACGCUCACCGUGGCCCUGCUGGCCACCAACAAGGUGGAGGGCGACAACGUGAGUGGGGUGUGCUUCGUGGGGCUGUACGACGUGGGCGCGUUGCGCUGGUUCGUCCUGGCGCCGCUCUGCCUGGACGUACUGGUGGGCUCCUCGCUGCUGCUGGCGGGGGUGGCCUCGCUCAACCGCAUGCGUAUGGAGGUGCCGCUGGAGAAGGAGAACCAGGACAAGCUGGUGAAGUUCAUGAUCCGCAUCGGGGUGUUCUCCGCCCUCUACCUGGCGCCCCUGCUGGUGGUCAUCGGGUGUUACUUCUACGAGCAGAGUUACAGGGCCCUGUGGGAGACCGUCUGGGUGCAGGAGCACUGCCGAGAGCACCACAUCCCCUGCCCCUAUAAGGUGGAACAGACAAGGCGGCCAGACUUGGUGCUCUUCAUCAUGAAGUACCUGAUGGCACUAGUGAUGGGUGUCCCGUCUGUCUUCUGGGUUGGCAGUAGGAAGACCUGCUUCGAGUGGGCCGGCUUUUUCCAGGGCCGUCGGUGCAAAGGCACGGUGCACGAGAGCAGGCAGGAGCUGCAGGAGCCGGACUUCACCCAGCUGCUGCUGCGCGACCCCAACACGCCCGUCACCCGCCAGUCGCGAGGCACCUCCACACAGGGCACCUCCACCCGCGCCUCCUCCACGCAGCUGGCCGUGCUGGGCAGCCACGGCAGCCGCAGUCGCCACGGCAGCGCGCACAGCCGGAUCAGCAGUCGCCAUGGCAGCGUGCACCGCCCUCACGAGGGCAGGUACACCCCCUGCAGCUACCGGGAGGUGGAGGAACACCUGUCCUACGGGAACGCGCCACACCUCGACGACCUAUCACGGCACAGCAGCACGCACCGCCUGGACAGCCAAUCACACCACAGCAGCACCCGGGACGCGAGCGACACGCCGCCCCCUCAAACUGCCCACGGCUCCGGCAUGAGCUGUGUCCUCGAGGAGGAUGGGGGCAGUGCCUGA